AUGUCUGGAACUGUGUCUCAUCAGGACUUCCAGCUGGUGUCAGACGAGUUGGCUUUGAUCGAGCAAGAGAACAGGGCACUCCAGACUCAACUUCGCGCCGCGAUUGACCAGAAGGUUACCCUCGAGAACUUGAGCCGGGACAGAGAUUCAGAUGCGUUCAAUCAAUGGAAGAACGAGAGACAGCAACUCGAACUCGAAUAUACCGAACGAAUUGAGGAACUUCAAGAAGUAAGUAUUGAUUUGGUGUUUGAUCGGCUGAUGCGGUCCUAUAUUCCGCCGCCAGAAAAUUGA